AUGUUUAUCUUCGAGGAAACCGAUUUUGCAGUCCUGUAUACACCGCCGGAGAACUUAAAAGCCGUGGGUGGUCCGUCUCUCCCUCUGCGCGCAAGACAAGGGCAUUACAGUAUGUUCGAUGUCGAUAUUUACAAGGAGUAUAAGAGCCUUGAGAGACAGACUCUCUGCCAGCUCUAUGAAGAUGAAGCUUACCGCCAGGUUCCCUUGCGGACCUUACAUCGAGAGUUGCGGGAAAAAUUGGCAGGUUGCCCAAAUCGCGACGAGCAACUGGCCCCGAAGAUAUCCCUCGCCAGAUCCCUACGGAGUCGCCUCUUCUUCACCUACAGCAGCUGGACCUCUAUUGCUCGCCACUUACCGAUGAUCGGCUUCCUCGCUGACUUGGAAGCAGCUUUACGUCCUGAAGUUCCAACAAAUUCUCCCGCGGACGUCCCUUCCCGACCGCAAGUUCUCAGCUACCUUGGGGAGGCUCUCGACCGGGACUUCAGUUCUAUGAGUUAUGUACGGAUAGCGGCAGUGAUAUUGCGGCAGGUUGGACAACAAUGCAACUCGAUCGCGGCACGUCUAUCUACCUUCUUGCAAUCCUCCUUUUCGACUUGGAAUCCUAGCUCGGGCGGCCACGUCGAUCUGAACCUCAUCGGUUUCCUGGCAUUGAUGGUUGACUCGUUGGGAGGCGACUGUCAACCUCCUGUGGCCGGCGUCGAUGAUUCCGAUUCGGGGGCUUCGACGGACGUCGAGGAGAAGACCCUCGAAGAUCUUGACCGUGAGGCAUUUUUUGGUGAGCUGGGCGCCAUCGUCGAGCUGUUGGGGCAGCUUUGGUCGAGUGCGACCACCGUUGAGCGUGCCGGGGCUACAGUGAUAGGCAAGUCUCCCAAAGUCACCGCAGGGGCGGCCGCGCUAAUGUCUCGCAGUCGGUGA